AUGGCUGCAACUGGAUUAGGAUUGACUAUCCGUGAUACUUAUGAUGAUGGAUAUUAAAUUAUGAAAUUCUUAGGAGGCUAGUCUGGAAGAAUUAUAAUAGCUGAAAAAAUAGAUGAUCAUUAAAGAAUCAAUGGGAGGAGGAGAAGAGUAGCACUUAGAAAAUAAUUAAUCUCAAGAUACGUGAAUUCUAAUGAUAAUGAAUAAUUUACUCGUGAAAUACUUAGGAUCAUGACAGUAAAUGCAUCACACAAGUUGAGACAUCCAAAUAUUGUGGAAAUUGAAGAUGUCUAUCUAAAUAACUAAGCUUAACUUGUUACUGUUAGUGAUUUUUAUACUGGUAAAGAAAGUUAUGUGGCUCCAGAAUUUAAAGAUGGCAAACAAUAUGAUAAUAAGGUUGAUAUUUGGUCACUUGGAAUUGUACUCUACUAUCUAAUGACGGGAACAUGUCGAAUUAAAAAAGAAGCAAAUUUAAUCGAUGUAAACAGAGUACUUUCUAAUCCUUAAGAGUUGAAAGGAGAAUUUCUUAAACUGAUUAAGGAUAGACAAUAGUAUAAUAAGUAUUAGUGCUAUGUUAUGAAUUACUACUUCAAUCAAGUAAAAUCAAGUGUUGGAAAUUCAAUAUUAUCAAGUAAUCAUUUAACUUACUAACCAGCAAACAUAUCUCUAAAGAUUAGAGAGUCGUCUGAUGGAUAUAAAAUUUUAGAUCAAAUUGCUCAUGGGUUAAAUGCAUCAGUUUUUAAAGCCAAAGAUUUGAAAGAUAAAAAUAACAAAAUUGUUGCUUUAAAGCAACAAGAUCUCUCGAUUUUAAACUUUCGCAAAGGUGAAGAUCUUUCCAAUGAAGUACUUAGAAUUAUGAGGGAAAUAGCAACUUUUCAACUCAAGCAUCCAAAUAUUGUUGAAAUACUUGAUUCAUAUCUUACUAGUGAUAGCAAAUUUAUAAUUGUCAGUGAGCUAGCUAAAUAUGAUCUUGCUGAAUUUACAAAAUAGAGUGGAAAAACGAAUUAUUCAGAUAUUUCAACCAUUAUGAUUCAGCUAUUAGAAGCUUUAGAAGAAGUACAUUGCAAAGGAUUCAUCCACAGAGAUAUUAAUCCCUAAAAUAUUCUAGUUUUUGAUAAUAAUAUCGUAAAGAUUUGCGAUUUUGGAAUAGCAUCAUUCGGCUCAUAAACUGAAGCUCGGUUAGGAAAGAUUCAUUAUAUGGCUCCAGAGGUAUUAAGAUCUAAGCCUUAUGAUAAAUCAGUAGAUAUCUGGUCUUUAGGAAUUUUACUUUACUAUUUAUGUCAUGGCACUGAAAAGCAAAAUAUGAAUCCAAUUAAUAUUUAAUUGAUGGAUCAUGUCAAGAUUGAUCUUUCACCAUAAUGCUCAAAAUUUUAAGAAAUCUUUGAUGAAAUGACAACAUUGGAGCCUAAUUUGAGACCAUCAAUACCCUAUUUGAAAGAGAAAUUUAUGAAAUUUAUCGAUAAUACAUCUUAUUACCAAAAUUACUAGAAUGAACUAAUAAUGUUUAAAUUGAAUUAAUUGAAGAACUCGAUUAAUUUGGACUAUGAAUAACUAUUUAAUUUGCUAUAGCCUCACUUAAACAACAAAAAAUUUGCUUAUGAUAAAACAAGUAAACGGGGACUGGAAGAUUUCAGAAUUACAAUUAAAAAUCUUUAAAAUUUAGUCAUUAAUUUCUAGCAAAGAAUUUGA